AUGGCCAUUACGUGGGGAGACUGUCCGCGCUUGAUCUGCUCGAUCCUGCUGCCACCGCUCGGCGUGUUCUUCCAAGUUGGCUGCAACAAGGACUUCGCUAUCAACUGCUUGCUCACACUGCUCGGGUAUAUCCCCGGGAUCAUUCACGCGGUGUAUAUCCUGGUCAAGGAGUGA